AUGGUAGACGCGCCAGACUUAGGAUCUGGUGCCUUAAAGCGUGAGGGUUCAAGUCCCUUGUCCCGUACCAAAAAAGUUGCUGGUCUCCAAUUAACUGGUAAUGAAAUAAAAGCAAUUAGAAAUUAUCAAAUUUCUAUUAGCGAUGCUUAUAUUUUACCUUAUAAAAAUGAGUUAUUCCUUCACAAAACUUCUAUUUCUCCUUAUCGUUAUGCUAGUCCAUUUUCUAAAAAUGCCAUUAGCGGUCAAAAGCCUCCCGACUUUGCUCUAAAUUUGGCUUUGCCUCUGGCUCACAAAACUAACCAGCCAGUGAAAGAUAUUGCUGAAAAAAUAUUUUCUUUAACUAAAGAUAAUCAAUAUUUACAAGGUGAAAUUACUCCAUCAGGAUAUAUUAAUUUUCGUUUGACCGAUGAAUAUUAUUAUAGAAUUCUCCAUUAUAUCGUAACUAAAAACUCAUUUUUUUCUAGAGAAAAAUCUAAACUUUCUAUUCAGCCUAAAAAAACUGUCCUAUUAGAAUAUGUUUCGACCAACCCUACUGGCUAUCUUCAUUUAGCACAUUUUCGCCAUGCCAUUAUUGGCAAUACUUUGGCUAAUGUUUACCAAUUUUUGGGAUAUCAAGUAAUUAGAGAAUAUUACAUUAAUGACCGCGGAGGACAAAUUUCUUCCUUAGUUAAUUCUAUUUACUACUUUUAUCACCAAUUACAAGAAAUUUUAGAAUUAAUAUUAACCAAAAUCCGGCAAGAUUUAGAAAAAUGUGGAAUUAAAUUUGAUGUUUGGUUUCCAGAAAACAGUUUAUAUGAAAAAAAUAAGCACCAGGAACUACUGACUGAAUUGAAAAAAAGAAAUUUAAUUUACACCCAAGAGGGAGCAAUAUUCUUCCGCAGCAGUUUAGGCAAUGACGAAAAAGACCGUGUAAUUAUUAAGCAAGAUGGAGCCGACCAUCAUGGAACCAUUGCGAGACUGAAAAGUGCUUGGCAACUGCUAGGAUACGAGCCAGAAAGAAUGCAAAUAAUUUUGGUGCAAAUAGUUAAUUUACUUACUAAAGAGGGUCAAACCGCAAAAUUUUCCAAAAGAGCUGGUAAUACCAUUGAAUUAACCGAAACUUUAGAAUAUAUGGAAAUGGAUCAAUUACAAUUUUUCCUUCUUGAAAAAGAAACUAGCCAACCGCUUGCUAUCAAUGUUGAAUUGCUAAAAGAAAAUAAAGAAAAAACUCGUCUUUAUUAUAUUCAAUACGCUCAUGCUCGUUGUCAUCAAUUAUUAGCCAAAGCCAAAGAGAAAAAAAUAACUCAAGCAUUCCAAACUUAUUACCAAAAAGAAGUAAUCAUUGAAGAAAAAAAAUUAUUAAGCACACAACAAAGGCUUUUUCUUACUCGAGGAGUAAAAGAUACCUUAAAAAUUGGUUUGAAUUUAGCUGGAAUUGCUGCUCCGGAAAAAAU